UCACGAGCUCAAAUUACCCCAUCACAGUUUGUAAUAGUGCGUGCCAAACAAACACCGCCCUACCGGUCCGGUGACAUCCGUGUUUACCAAAAUAUGGCGGCGCAAGGAGACCGCGGUGUCCCGCUCAGUACACUUUGUCCCAAAUAUCUUCAUGCCAAUUCCACCAGCCACACCUGGCCCUUCAGCGCCAUAGCUGAGCUUAUCGACAAUGCCUAUGAUCCAGAUGUCAAUGCCAAACAGUUCUGGAUUGAUAAGAUUGUGGUCAAAAAGCAGGACUGCCUUAGCUUUAUGGAUAAUGGAUAUGGACUGGACAAAGAUAAAAUACAUAAGAUGCUCAGCUUUGGCUACAGUGACAAGACUCCUGUAAAAGGAGUAAAGCCGAUUGGUAUGUACGGCAACGGUUUCAAGUCUGGAUCCAUGCGCCUCGGCAAAGACGCCAUCGUGUUUUCGAAGUCAAAGAGUGUGUCCUGCGUUGGGAUGCUCUCUCAGACCUACCUGGGAAAGAUUGGUGCUGACCAAAUAAUUGUUCCUAUUGUAUGCUUUGAACAGAAAGAAAAAACCCAGUUCAGUGUAAGAGAAGAACACAAGGCCAGUCUUCAGGACAUCCUGUGCUAUUCCCCAUUCAACAAACUUGAAGAAAUUCAGGCUGAGAUCAACGCCAUCAGUUCCAAAACCGGCACACGGAUCAUCAUCUGGAAUCUCCGCAGUACAUCUAGUAAACUAUCAGAAUUUGAUUUUGAGAGGGACCGCUACGAUAUCCGAAUACCAUCUGAACUCGACGAGACAAUGAAGGACGCUGCUCCAAAACCAGGUCCAAGUCAAGCGACCAAGUCAAACACCCCUGAGAGUGUUUCCUCACUGCGGGCAUAUUGCAGUAUUCUCUACUUGGAGCCUCGGAUGCAGAUCAUCGUACGGGGUCAAAAGGUGAAAUCUCAGCUCAUUGCUAAGACACUGGCCUUCGUCAGAAAGGACCACUACAAGCCCACUUUCCUGACCAAACGCAUUCCCAUCACUUUUGGCUAUAACACCAAAAGUAAAGACCAGUAUGGCAUUAUGCUGUAUCACAAGAAUCGGCUCAUCAAAGCCUAUGAACGUGUAGGCUGCCAGCUCAAGGCCAACAACAAAGGUGUUGGGGUCAUUGGGAUCAUAGAGUGUUUCUUUCUGGAACCUACCCACAACAAACAGAGCUUUGAUGAGACAGAUAAGUACAGGAAAACAAUGAACAGCUUGGGGGUCAAACUGGAGGAGUACUGGAAUGAAAUAAACUACAAGAAAAAACAAGAGAAUCCAAACAGCACCAUACCCAUGGAAGAUACCACGAAGCGACCGGAUCAAAACUGGGUGAUGUGUGAUGAGUGUUUGCACUGGCGCAAACUCCCUGAUGGGAUCGACACCGACAAGCUGCCAGAGAAAUGGUCCUGCCAUUUGAACCCGGAUCCGCAGUUCAGGAACUGCCAUGCAGAACAGGAGCCUGUGGACUCAGAUGACGAUCUGCAACCUUCAUACCGCAAGACGUAUAAAGUAAAAGAAAGGGAAGACAUGAGGAUCCAAGAGCAAAAGGAAGAGGAGGCUCUAAAGCACCUGGAAGCGCUGCGUUUGGCUGAUCUCGCCAAGCAGAAAAAGGCCCAAAUACAACUGCCGGUUGUGGCUUCCACACCUACUACCCCAAAGAGUAGGUUUAACAACAUGUUGCCCCAAGGGGGGGCUGCGAGAGCUCUCUCCACUCCACUGAGGUCUUCCCCCCUUUCACAAGUUGCUUGCAGCCCUUCAAGUAGCAGGGAUCUUCCAUAUAUAUCCAGUGUUUACUCACUGGCAAAGCUCACCCAGAGCAGGGGGAAAAGAACCCAGCCUGCUUCUCUACAAAUAACCCCCAAAAGACCGAGACAGAAUGGCUUCCAUCAGGGCGAAUUAGACACAUCAACAUCAGUGAAUGUGAGCCCACUGAGCUCCCCAUCAGUUCUCAUUGAUAACAACAAUGAUGAGAAUACUGAUGAUGACAUAUGCAUCUUGGAGACGGUCAGUACCCCCAAGCCAAAACAUCUGCCUGUCAACUUGACUAAAGUGAAGACCGAGGCGGAGCAAAGUGAUGCUGACGUGGGCAUGCUGAUGGAGUGCAGCGAUGAUGCUGCUUUGGAUAACGGCCCAGAGAUAAAUGCUGCGGGAACGAGCUCCUCAGCGUCUGCAGCUGUGGGAACCAGUACCUCCACAGCACCCCCCACAGGGGUGUCCACCAGCACCACCCAAACAGAUGUACGCAAGAUGAAGAAGGAAGAGGAGGACCAAAUUCCAACUGAAGAGGAGGAGAGAGUGGGGCUGAGUACAUCUAAUAUAACAAAGCCUUCAGGUGUCUGCAGUGUGGAGCAGAGUGUAAGGAAGGAAGCGAGCAGUGGAGAUGCUCAUUGUGAGAAUCAAGGAGAGCUGCCCUUGCAGAAUGGAGUGACACAUCAUGAAGAUGGUGAGGAAGAAGCUGGACCUUCCUGGGCUCAAAGAGACUCUCCACAUCCCCACCCCAGUGUGAUUGAGGCACAGGGACAGCAGGACCAGCUUCUAGAGCUUAUGCAGGAAAUCGCUCAGGAGAGAGACUCCUUUAAAGAGCAGGUGCACAGUCUUACCUGCCGACUGCACGACACACAGAGCAGACCGCAGGAGCUGAUCAGUGUGAAGAAGAAGAGCUCCAACCAGGCCAGCCAGACGGAGGAAUCUGAGGAGAAGGACUACAAAGAUCUGUUUGAGAAGGCCAAACAGAAAGUGGAAGAACUUAUUAAGGAAAAGGUUUCACUGGAAGCCACCAAACACAGUACUGCCAAAUGUGAGGAAAAGGACAUUGACGAGAUUGCUAUGCAAGUUGACUGUCUGAUGCGACAGCUGGAUGAAAGACAAAAGGAGAAUGAUGAACUGCGCUCACAGUUGACCAGUCUGGAUGAGGAAAAGGCCAACCUGGUAUCCCAGUGGGAGGAGUUCAGGUUGAGCCUGCAGCAGGAGAAGGAUAACGCACAAGAGAGCAGUACAACUCCACACAGAGCCUCUGAUUCCACCGUACACACAGAUCCAGAGGAGGCAGGAGAGGCAUCUACCUCUGGCACACACUCAAGCUCACACUCAAGCUCGGAAACAUCCAGAAGUUUGAUUGAGCUGAGGCACAACGUCGGGCGCCUUCUCCUCUCCUACGUGCCAUUGGAACUGGACCAGGUCAAUUACGAGUGCAAUGUCAUUGAUGAGAUCCUAGAACAGGUGCUCUCUAAUGGGGUGUCUGUUGCACCAAGAGACGGAGCAACAAAUGAAUAAACAAAUCAUCAGGACUUUGAAUUAGGUGCCACACUCCACCUGUAAAUCAUUGAUACUGCUUCCUGUGAGUGGGGGAAAUUCCGUUGUAUUUAUUUUAAGGGUUAUAGAUGUAAUUUGUACAGUUUUUUUGAUGAUAGUGAAUUUAACAUUAUACACGGCUAAACAAUUUUUUUCUUUUCUUAUUAAAGCAAUAUAACAAAUGCAAUCACUAUACAAUAAUGAAUGUAAUAAGCCUUUGUUUUUAAGUUUCUGUGUAAAAUCCUGGAAUUUCACAGUUUCCUUCAUAUUUCUAAAAACUUCCUGAUGUUGUUUUAAAUAAUAGCAGGCUGUUUCCUGUUAAGUUUGAAUUGAAGCAUACUCUUUUUUGUAUUCCUGUCAAAUAUAUAUUUUUUAUAUAUGCUGCC